AGUAAAGCCACAGCGCAGAAGGACCGCAUUAUUCACUCGCUCUCUCACGCACCCAUCCACUCACUCCCAGACUGAGGAAACAGCAAAAACUAAAAGAAGAAAAUUCCUCUGCAAACAUGAGUUACUCCACUGAUCUCUACUCAUCCUCCAGCUCCUAUCGGAAAAUAUUCGGAGAGCAUCCGCGGGUCUCUUCCAGAAUGUCUUCGAGCAGCAGCCCGGUCCGAUCUGCCGGUUACCGACCCGGCCCGGCUCUGCACCACCGCAGUUACGGCUCUUCCUCAGUCGUCUCUUCCUCCGCUUUCCGAAAAGUCGGCGCAGGCCGCCCUACCUCCUACUCCGCUGGGCUGGGCAGCGCCGAUCAUUUCGACCUCUCCCAGUCCACAGCCGUCACCAACGAGCUCAAAAUCAUCAGGACCAACGAGAAGGAACAGCUGCAAGGGCUGAACGACCGCUUCGUUACCUUCAUCGAUAAGGUCCACAUGCUGGAGCAGCAGAACAAGGUCCUGGAGGCCGAGGUGACGCUGCUGAGACAACGCCACUCCGAACCGUCCCGGCUCCACGAGCUCUACGAACAGGAGAUCCGCGAGCUCCGGUCCCGGGUGGAAGAGCUGGACCACGAGAAGAGCCAGAUGCAGCUGGACUGCGUGCAAAUGAACGACGGGCUGGAGAAGCUGAAGGAGAAGCUGGACGAGGAGGUGAGGAUGAAAGAGGAGGCCGAGGCGACCCUCAAAGGGUACCGCAAGGACGUGGACAACGCCACCCUCACCCGACUGGAGCUCGAGAAGAAAGUGGAGUCGCUGCUGGACGAGAUCGCCUUCCUCAGGAAAGUGCACGAGGAGGAGGUCGGGGAGCUGCAGAGCGCUGUCCAGGCGUCCCAGGUGUCAGUGGAGAUGGACGUGAGCAAGCCAGACCUGACUCUGGCUCUGAAGGAGAUCCGUGCCCAGUACGAGAACCUCUCCGCCAGGAACCAGCAGUCGGCGGAGGAGUGGUACAAGUCCAAGACCGCCAACGUGACGGAGGCGGCGGUGCGUCACAACGACGCGCUCAGGCAGUCCAAGGAGGAGCUGAGCGAGUACCGGCGCCAGCUCCAGUCCCGGACCCUGGAGAUCGAGUCGCUGCGCGGCCACAACGAGGCUCUGGAACGCCAGCUGCGCGAGUUGGAGGAUCGCCACGGCAACGAGAUCAACGAACUGCAGGAAACCGCUCAGCAGCUUGAAAACGCUUUGAGGACAACCAAAGGGGAGAUGUCCCGUCACCUGCGAGAAUAUCAGGACCUGCUUAACGUCAAGAUGGCUCUGGACAUUGAAAUAGCAGCCUACAGGAAGCUGCUGGAAGGCGAGGAGACUCGUCUGAGCACAGUGGGAGGGGGGGGAGGAGGCAGCCUGCUGCAGUCAGGCUAUUCCAGCUACACGUCAGCCUCCCCCUUCGCUGGCAUGAGGUCUUACUCCAGCAGCACCAGCGCUGCCUACCGCCAGAGGAUGGCCAAACCGGAGGAGCCCGAGGAAGAGGAGGAGGAGGAAGAGGAGGAGGAGGGGGAGGAAGGACAGGGGGAAGAGGAGGAAAAACCAACCGCCCCCGCUGACAAAACCAGCAAGGAUUGACCGAAGAGCAACUACCAGAAACACCCCCCUUCCCACCCCACCCCCCCUUCACCUCCAUCCCACUAACAAAAUCCAAUAGGGCUACACAAACCGAUUUUUCGGAUCAAGCUCGCCACAUGGGAGAGUCGCUGCUGUCCAUCGGGCUGAUUUCCCAUUCAGAGUGAAUUGAGAAACAGCUGCCUGGGUUUGUGUGGGUCGCUGCUCUCCACAGUUAAGAAAAGCAGCGAUCGUCACAAACCCGAGCAGCUGUUUCUCAAUUCACCCUGAACGGUGAAUCAGCCCGAUCGACACCAGCGACUCUCACCUGACUGUCAAUCCCCUGAUUUCUGUGGCAUGCAAUGAAUGAUUACACCUCUGUCAGUGAAGCACUGUAAAUCACAAUCAAAUCACAAGUAUGAAGCUAGUUUGAUGGGCUCUGUAACUGACACUCACUCAUCCGCAAUUACACCAGAGGAAAGGGAGGCGUAUGGAAAUCUUUGCUUGAGUUCACAAUUGCUGAUUCAUUUAAAAUGUGUUUAUUUAUUUAUUUAGUGAUGCACU